AUGACAGGAAGAGAUGUUGUCUGGCUUGGAGCACCAGUGGAGUCUGCCGGCGAAGACCUUUGGUCUGCUUAUACAUCAAGAGUAGGCGGGGCCGCCACCUUGUUUCGCGAGGCGACGGAUAACGCGGUGUUCCAUUGCCCCAAGUGCGGUGACAUGCAUGCGGUCUCGUUGUUGGCCCAGAUUUACGCUCCGUUGGGGGUCUACGAUCGGGUGUUGUACGUCCUCACGUGCUCGGCGUGUAGCACGGAGCAGAGCAGUUUCUGCUUUGCGCUUCGAUCACAGAACUUCAACCCUGCCUACGCAACGGCAUCGCGGCCGACGGAGCAGCCGGGAUGCAUGGAAGACGGGGUUCUGUUCAAAGAAGACGCGAACUGGGGAGAUGGAGAGGAGGAAGAGGAGGAAGAGGAGGAUGCGACUGCGAAGUCCAACAGAAGCAGGGCUCGAAGUGGCACCGCGGCCCUGGCAACCGGGGCGCCUGUGGAGGACACGCACAGCACAGAGGCGUCUGCUGCGCUCGCCCCUUCUGGGUCAAGGCCGCCGAUCAAAGGCGCGGGCUUCCCAUGCUUCGCGCUUGACGUGUUUGAGGAGCCGCCCAAGUUGCGGUCAAAUUCCCCCGCCUUCAGGAAUCAGUUGCAGGACGCGCAAAAAAAGUACGGGGACAAUGUCGUCGAGACGGCAGUUGUCGAGGAGGACGAUGAGCCGCUGCAGGAAAAACGCCUGCGCAAGUAUGUGGAGCGCAUCGGCCGGGCCCCGUCGCAGUGUGUGCGCUGGGCCCCUGGCAAGGAGCCAUUGCAGUCCUCCGUCGUGGCGGCGACCGCACCGCCGUGCCCGUACUGCGGGAAGGAGCGCCGGUACGAGCUCCAGCUGACGUCGCCCAUCAUUUACUUCCUGACACACAAGAAGGGGUCGAGGAAGCAAUCUCUGCACUUUGGGAAUGUGCUUGUGUUUACAUGCAGCGGAAAUUGCAACACGGAGGCGUACUCGUCAGAGUACUGCGUUGUGGAGGAAGAAAUUUGA